AAAUAUCUCCAGGGUUGGAAUUGAAGACAAAGUGUUAUGCUCUGAUGUAUCAUGAGGCCGACUUCCACCGAGAGCGUGCAGACUUCUUCCCGACUUCAGUUCUACACGUCUUUGUUCGUGGGAUAUGGAGAGAGCAGCCGACAGUCCCCGCCCCGCUGGCUACGCCGGGUCUCGUGCCGAGUGGGUCCUGAAGAGAGCCAACGACUUCGACACCAAGGCGCGCUCGUUCCGCUGUGGUGGGUGCGAGCUGCCGGCGGCCUGGGUCUGCCUGGACCCGGUCUGCGUGUCCUACAACCGCGACAGAGUUGUACCGCUGUGUGACAACUGCGACAAGCGGUGCCACCCGACCUCCAGCCCCGCCAUGCACAGCCACCGCCGCCUGGGAGUCGUCCUCUACAUCUCCAUGCUGAUGCUGCACCGCUACCAGAAGGUCGUCGGUCUCGUCAUGGCGGCUUCUCCCGACAACAGCCGCCCGUCCACCCCCGUCUCCACCCGCCCCGACGAGGUCACCUCCACCCAGUCUCCGACCAGCUCGGGGCGACUGACACCUCCUCCCGUCUUGUCACCGCCCGAGUCCCCGGUGUCAUCCCUCCCGCCCAGCCCUGACAGCUCCGUGAGCAGCACGAAGAGGAAGCGGCGCAGCGACGACAUCACCACCGAGCCCGCCGCCAAGGUGAGCCGCUCCAGUCCAGACCGCUCGGGCCGCUUCUCCCUUGCCGCCGACCUGCGGCCCAUCCACGAGUCGUACGGCCGGAUCCUGAAACGUCUGAGAGCGGACCGGUCCCUGUCCGUCUCCGUGGCCUGUAUGCACGAACCUUUCGGCAAGCUGACCGUCAGAAACUACGCCGCCAUCGCCGAGCUGAAGAUCGUGGAUGCCAAACUGUACAUCUCCGUGCUGGACAGCUACAUGCGGCGGGGCGACGGGAGCGGCACGCUGUCGGGGUUCGAGCGGGAGUGUCGGCAGGUGCUGUCCGGGUGCGUCCGACAGGUGGCCGCCAUGAGAACCAGGAGAGAACUCUUGUCCUGCUCUUAGUAAAGACUUCGACUACAAAGUGUAGCACCCCAGAUGUACAUAAGAUACAAAGAUUAUUGUAAUUUCCCUUGUGCAAGGAACAUGUUUGCCAAAGCUGUACCAUCGUUACUUUUACCGUUUACUUCACAGCACUUGUAGCUUCUUUUUUCCUGUAUAUAAUGUAUAUACACAUGUGUUUGUAAGAUAACGUACUCACUUGACACUUGUUUCAUUUGCUUCUUGAUGUGCUUGUUCAGCUGUUUGUUUGUUUAACAUGCAAAACUGACACAUUGUUUCUUUUGAGAAUAAAGAAAGUGUACACCUUA